CAAGGAAAAUGGAUAAUGGUGGCCCGGUGCAGACAAACGAGUGGAAGAACAUUAAAGAGGCGGUCGCGAACUUUCGACGACUGCUUCUUUGCUCCAAAUGCUCAGAUUUAAUGAAGGAACCUGUGUGUCUAGGAGUCUGUGAGCAUAUGCUGUGCAGGUCCUGUGCUGGCCCCCGGGCAGGAGAUGGCUGCGUGGUGUGUCACAGCCCUGCAUGGGUAAAGGACAUCCAAAUCAACAGGCAGCUGAGCAGCAUCACACAGCUCUUCUGUGGUUUGGAGUCCCUGCUCAAUCCCACAGAACAACCAGACUCCUCUGUCUCUGAGGUUCAGACACAACCACAGAGCCCUGUCCUUAAACACAAGAAGAACUUCAAGAUCUGGUUCAGCCCCCGCAGCCGCAAGGUACGCUGCAUGGUGGAGAAGCCUUCAGAGGUCACUGUACCAGAGAGCAGGUCUUCUGGAGAAACAGCUACAGCACAGCCAGACACCGUUACUGCUCAGAGCCAAGACUUGUCAGUUUUCAGUUUCACCUCGUCCUCCCAAGACUCUGGCUCUUCUUCUUCUCAAAGAUGCAUCAGUGAAAGCAGAAACAGGAAGAAGAAGUCAGCCAAGAAAAAUGCUGCCAGUAGGACCACACGAAAGCAGACCAAGGAGAAGAUGAAGCAGAGGAGGCUUGAGGCCAUAAAUCAGCAGUGGGGGAUCACCGAGGAGGUAGAUGCCUUAAAGGAAAAGGAGCAGCCCUGUGCUGAAGGGGGUAGGAGGUCCAGUAAAAGGGUUUCCUUCCUAAGCCCUCCCGUCACCUCUGCCGAGCCUCAGCCUGAUGUGCCUCAGGGCAGUACUAAUGAACUCAGCCCUGGCAGGAGUGCCACAAGGGAGAGCCUCUCAGGAGGCAACAUCACUGACGCAAAUUACCAAGCCACAGGUGGUCAGAGCAUGUCGGACAGUGCCAUCCAGCAAGACACUUUGUCUACAAACGACCUCAACCCAACUGAUGAUCAUGAAAAACAGGACAAUGUUUCUCCCCCAAAGCAUUCCUCAAAAAGAACCAGGGUUUUGGAGAAAACUGGCAACUUGGAGACUACACCAAAAAGGCCCCGGGCUUCCCCAGGCCGGAGGAGAAAAUCGCUGGGUCAGAUGUCGCCAGUUGUCCUUAACCCUCCAUCUUUGACCAGCCCCAGAUGUGGAAAGAGCACUAGCCCCAGGUGUGGAAAGAGCUCCAAAAUCUCCAGAGAAGAGCAAGGAGACAGCCCCUCUGCCUUAACCACUGUUGGUAGAAACUCUCCCUGUACUCACGGUACACCUGUUGGACGGCCCAGUCCAGGAAGCCCUGCGGUUAUGAAGAGGAAUCACAAGGGAGAGACCCCUCUGCAUCUAGCUGCUAUAAAGGGAGAUGUAGAGGCUGUCAAAGAACUGCUGGAUCAGGGGGCUGACCCUAACCUGAAGGAUAAUGCUGGGUGGACACCUCUGCACGAAGCGUGUAACCUGGGUCACGUGGCAGUUGUGGAGGUGUUGGUCUCAAGGGGAGCCCUGCUGAACACACCUGGCUAUGAAAACGACUCUCCACUCCAUGAUGCUGUGAGGAACGGACACCCAGCCGUUGUCAAAUUGCUACUGCAGCGUGGAGCCUCACAGAACGUACUUAAUCUGUAUGGAAAACGGCCUGCAGACUAUGCAGUGGGUCUGGAGAUGCUGGAGAUUUUCCAGGAAGUCUCUGAAGGAACCCAGUGUGCCAAUACAUCUUUUAGCCCCUCAGCCAGUCUCUCUGUGGUGAGUGACUGUGUGAGGAGGGAUGAAAAGGUGGUGUUUCUUGCCAGCAAGCUGUCUCCGCAAGCACAGCUUCGACUAGCCAAACUGGGAAAGCUACUGGGAGGCAGGAUGGCUGACACCUUUUCUGGCUCAGUGAGCCAUGUCGUGGUGCCAGAAGGACACUUGCCCACCACCUACUCCACCCUCCUGGGUCUUCUUUCUGGCUGCUGGGUUGUCAGAUACAGCUGGGUGGAGGCAUGCCUGCAGGCAGGCAAGUGGAUGCCCGAAUCUGAGCACGAAGCGGGAGAAGGCCCCCAGCGCAGUCGCAUCAACAGAUGCAGCUUGCUCCCACCACUCUUCGACGGCUGUUUCUUCUUCCUCCUGGGUUCCUUUAAGGCUCCUACCAAAGACGAGCUCACCAGGCUGCUCCGAGAGGGAGGAGGUCAGCUCCUGAGUCGGCAGCCCAAGCCCGACAGCGAUGUGACGCAAACCCUGAGCGCUGCGGCCUACCACGCCCAGCUAGGCUCCGACCAGGCCCUCUGCACCCAGUACAUCAUCUUUGACCCCCAGGGAACUCACAAGCCGACAGUGGUCAGACGAGGCAAGGUAUGGUCCGCUCCCUCCACCUGGAUAAUCGACUGCAUUGCAGCCUUCCAGCUCCUUCCUGUGCCGGAUCCUCAAACUUUGGUCUAAACACUUUUUUUUGUUGUUGUUUACAUAUUAACAAUUUUGCACUGUCACUUAUCUUAACAUGUUCAUAAUGUGCGUUUUGCUUUUUAAAAUAUCUGACGAUUUAGUUGAAAUGAAACACACAUAAACAAAAAUUAAAACAAUAAUGUUGCUGUUAAAAUCUAAACUUGGAAAUGUUUUUUGUUUCUUUUCUUUCUUGGGCAGGUUAUAUGCAGUGUAAACACAUGGUUCCCACCCAGGGUGUGAGAUCCCCCCUAGUGGUUAGUUUUUGUAAAAGAUUGCAUUGUCUUACCUUUUCUGACAACUAACAAUUAUGCAGCCUGUGACAGUGGGUCUCAGUUACAACUCCCGAAUCAUUUUAAGUGGUCACAAGCCAAAAAGUUUGUCAGUCACAAUUAUAAACCAGCCAUAUAACAAUGUGAUUUUGUGUGUUAUGGAAAGACAAGGUAAUUAGGCUAGUUGAUGUCUGAUAGCUUGAAUCUGUUGAGCCACGAUAGAGGUUUGUUCCCUUCAUUGCAGAAUAAAGAACAUUGUCACAGUGUCUGGGACUCCUCCUAAUCAAAUGCCCCAAACCACCUAAACUAUGACUCCUUUUAAUUUUGUAGGAGCAGUAAUCUGCUCCAAACUUCUCACCCUGUUUCUAAGGGUGAGCCAGGCCAUGCAGCGAAGGAAACUCAUGACCGUAGGUCAAUUAGUUGUUAGUUAGCAAUUAGUUUGACUGGUAAAUUGCUCCCUCUUCAUAUGACAUUCCAGUACAACAUCCACAUCACUUCAGAUGGAUCAACAACCUGUCUCUUUAUCAUUAACACAUUUAAACCACCUUUCUGUAUUGCAUGACUUUCAGAGUCAUGUGGGUGUUAAAUCAAUUUGUUGUCUGCUGCAAUAUCUGAGAUUGGUUUUAGAGUAGAAUCGCAUUUCAUAAUCUGCAUGGUUUUACCAGGAUGAAAUAAUUAUCUAAUUAUCCAAUUGAAAAGGCCUGUUUGUUACAAAUGGAUGGAGUGUGUCCCUGAAAAAGAUCGAUGGACAUUCAAUAUAAAGUGUAGAAUAGGAAAAACAAAGCAAUUCAUUGUUCUGUCACAGCUCUGGCACUUGCACUGAAGAAAAAGCAAAACUUUUCUUUUGUGUCCAUUAACUGUGUGUGUGUGUCCAUAACCCACCACCAACGCUGGUCUGCAGGUAUGUGUGCUUUAAGAGGUCUUCUACUGGCCAUCUCCCAAGAUGGGAUUCAAUGGGAUUAGUCAGGGAUGCACCUAAUUGCUAUUGAUUGCUAUGUGCUGCAUAAAAUUGCUUCCCUUUUCUUGUCCACGGUGGGAGGUGAGAGAAGGCAAUUAGCAGUGUGGACAAGAUAGAAGCCCAGACUGACUUGUAAUGAAAUAGAAUGGAGGAAUGAACCCGUGAGUAAUGCCCUUGAACUCACUGAGGAUUACAAAACCAUUAAGCACUGGAAUCUUCUUCUUUUUUUCUUUCUCAGAGAGCUGUGAGCCAGGAAGGUCCUGUACUUUUAUUUAUUCCGAAAUGUUCUGCUUGAUGGUAAAGAUUACCCGGAGUGGUGCAGUACCCUGGGUCAGCUGUAAACUUUCAUAUUGUGUAUUAUUUGUUGUUGUUUCUUGCGUGGUUAUUAUAAUAUACAGAAUGUGGCUCAGCAGCAUACUAUCAUGUUUCAAUUGAAUUUCACUUCGCAUUCUGUCCCCGCCAUACAUUCAGGUGUCAACGCACAAAUGCUGUGCUUUUCACAGUAAAAGAUUGCUCAAUUUUCAGUAGAUAAUUGUGUGUUUUCAUGCGAUCUUAAUUGACCCCGUGUCUGCAAACAUCAGCAUAAUCCUGAGUGAACAAAAAGCGAUAAACAUGAAAAAAGAAAUCCACACUCUUUUUUUUUUUU